AUGUCUUUCAUUGCCAGGUCCGUGGUAAGAGGUCUUGCCGCUCGGUCUACCUUCACAAACGAAUCGUGGACCGGUGCCUGGGAGGCUCAUGGCAGCACCCAAGGCAACAUCUCUCCCCAGGCCAGAAACGGCGGCGGUCCCCUGGGUACUGUGGAUGCACCACAUCUGCCUUUCUGCAUAGGCCAGCCUCCUUGGAGCGGCCAGAACCCUAGCAUGCCCAAUACCGGCGUUACACGAGAGUACGACUUUACCGUCACGUACCAGGAUAUCGCCCCUGAUGGCGUAACAAAGAGGGGUGUCCUCGUCAACGGCCAGUUUCCCGGCCCGAUGAUCGAGGCGAACUGGGGUGACUGGAUCCAAGUCACCGUCCACAAUGCUCUGGGUAAAGAAGAGGGCGAGGGUACCUCGAUGCACUGGCACGGCUUCACGCAGAAGGAGAGCCAGUGGAUGGAUGGCGUUCCCGGCGUCCAGCAGUGCCCUAUUACCCCGGACGACAGCUUUACCUACCGUUUCCGUGCCGACCAGUACGGUACCUCGUGGUACCACAGCCAUUACAGCGCGCAGUAUGCUGGUGGAGCUGCCGGCGCCAUUGUCGUCUACGGCCCGGACAGCGCUGGCUACGACAUCGAUCUCGGCCCUGUCAUGCUUUCCGACUGGUAUCAUGCUCAGUAUUACGACAUCGUGAAGGAGACCAUGCAGGCCGACCCGACCGGAAAGAACCCCACGCCCCCGCCGCCAUCCGACAACAACCUGAUCAACGGCUUCGGCGAGUUCGACUGCUCCACCACCGACCUGCCUUGCGUUCCCGAUGCCGGUGUGGCCAAGUUCAAGUUCACCGCAGGAAAGAAGCACCGCCUCCGGUUGGCAAACACCGGAGCUGAGGCCAUGCAGAGGUUCAGUAUUGAUGGCCACAAAAUGACCGUCAUUGCCCACGACUUCGUUCCCGUCCAACCUUUCGAAGUGACCGCUUUGACUCUCGGCGUCGGACAGCGUGUCGAUGUCGUUGUCGAGGCUACCGGCAAGCCAUCGGAUUCCUACUGGAUGCGUUCGGACAUUGGCCUUGACGGCUGCAACGCCUUCAACAAGGCUGCCUCUGAAGCCCUCGCAGUCGUCGUCUACGAUCAUGCUGAUCCCAACGUCGUUCCCGCCUCGACUGCUCAGCCCGACGCGAAGUUGACGGUCUGCAAGAACGACGACAUCUCGCUCGGUCUCCCGUUGCACCCCGUCAUGCCCGACCCCAACCCGUCUACGACUACGGAGCUCCACAUCACCAACGAGUGGAACGGCACUCACUGGCUGUGGCACUUUGGCGGACCGUCCUACCGCGCCGACUUCAAUGACGCUCUGCUGUACCAGAUCCAGCAGGGCAACGCCGAGUUCGGUCCUCAGAGCAACGUCCACGACUUUGGUUCCAACAAGUCGGUCCGCUUCGUCAUCUACAACGACUCGCCUGCUCCCCACCCCAUGCACAUGCACGGCCACAACUUCUGGGUGCUCGCUGACGGCGUCGGCCACUGGGACGGCACCAUCGCCAACCCGAACAACCCGCAGUACCGCGACGUCCACGUCCUGCAGCCGGCUCCGACUGGCAGUUCUUCCUACAUGGUCAUCCAGAUCAACCUCGACAACCCCGGCCUCUGGCCCUUCCACUGCCACAUUGCCUGGCACGUCUCCGCCGGCCUCUACCUCAACAUCCUCGAGCGUCCCAACGACAUCAAGAAGCUCGCCAUUCCUUCCUCAUUUGGCGACCAGUGCAAGGUGUGGGGCGAAUACACUGCCACCAACCCCAUCGAUCAGAUCGACUCCGGCUUGAAGAGAAAGGCCAUGCCUCUCUAG